AUUCCAUUAUUACUUGUUUAAUAAGUUAUUUGUAGAUGUUGUUGGAAAUGCAGAAGAUAAGGAAUAUGACAUGCAUGGUGAUCGUUCUCUGCUUUGCCGUUUUAGUUCCUUUUGUAGUGGCUGAUUUACGUAUUGGCUUCUACAAUGCAAGUUGCCCACGAGCUGAACAGAUUAUACUCCAAGUUGUUCAAGAGCAAUUCUCCAAGGACUCUUCCAUUUCAGCAGCCUUGCUUCGCAUGCACUUCCACGAUUGCUUUGUAAAAGGCUGCGACGCAUCAAUUCUCAUCGACUCAACCAAGAAGAAGCCCUCGGAAAAAUCAGCAGGACCAAAUGAGACAGUGAGAGGAUUCGAGAUCAUCGACGAGGCCAAGAGAAGACUAGAAGCGGCUUGCCCUUCAACCGUCUCCUGCGCAGACAUCAUAACCGUAGCCACUCGAGAUUCAGUAGCCAUCGCCGGAGGACCAAACUAUGCCGUUCCAACUGGCCGACGAGACGGACUUGUCUCAAACCCUAACGACGUCGGCUUGCCUGGUCCAUCCUCCUCAGUGUCUGGCGCAUUCCAAGCUUUUAAGGACAAAGGGCUAACCCUAGACGAAAUGGUAACUCUUCUUGGCGCACAUACAGUAGGAUUUGCGCACUGCAGUUUCUUCGAGGAGCGGCUUUCAAAUUUCCAAGGGACUGGAGCUGCUGAUUCUUCUAUGGAUUCAGGAUUGGUUUUGGAGCUGAAGAAAAUAUGUGGAACAGCUGGUUCCGAUCAGAAGGUGUUUUUGGACCAGAAUACAUCUUUUGUGUUUGAUAACGAGUACUAUAAUCAACUAAAGUUAAAAAAAGGGAUUCUGCAGAUUGAUCAGGAACUUGCUUUGGAUAGUACUACGGCCGGUUUGGUUUCUGGUUUCGGUGCGAGCCGGAUCAGAUUCGACAAGAGUUUUGCGAGUGCAAUGGUUAGGAUGGGGAGUAUUGAAGUUCUUGUUGGAAGAGCUGGAGAAAUUAGGAAGAAUUGUAGAGCUUUCAAUCCUCGCAAGAGAAAGAGUUCUUCUCGUACUCACAAGAGAAAAACCAGUUCUCGCACUGCUAAUGAUCGCAAGAAAAAGAAUCCCCCACGUAUGCUUAAGGGAGAGAAUAUUUGAAAAGCGUUUAACUUAAUGUCUGCAAUAAAUUAAUAUAAGAAACAUGAUUUGCCGAUACAAAGAAUAUGCAUGUUGGAGAAAUAAUGUGAUUGACUCCUGAAUGUAUAAUUUCUGUUCUUUUUCACUUGUU